CAUGUAGAUCUUGCCAUGGAUAGAAAACAAGUGCCUGUACAUCACCCUGAUAAAGUGCUGCUGUGCAUUAUGGCAGCUCCACCUAGUGGUCAAUACCCUUCUAUGAUAUCUCAAUCAUCAGUACCACCAUUUAGUUCAUCACAGCAAACACCAACACAUCAGCCACCACAACAGAUUGUCUCCCCUACCAGAGAAAUUAAUGCAAUCAAUCUCUGUAAGAAAGGUCAAGAAUGUGUUCAAGAUGUUGUACAGAAAGCUGGAGAAAUAUUCAAACUUCUUCAAUUAAAGUCUUUACCACUUCCCAAUGGUGUAACUAUCAAUGCACAGAUGCAUCAGGAGAAGAGAGCCAAACUUGAGGAAGGAAUACAACAGCUACAGCAAAACUUUAUGAAGCUUCGGUUAAUGUAUGAUAAGGCCAAUGAAAUUACAGGUCCUGAUGAACCACCUGAAGAGUCAUUAGUGCCAAUAAUUGGCGAACCAUUUGAAGACAGACUGUCACCCAAUUCAGAACAAGCUUUCUACAGAUCAAGAUUCUAUUCAGAAGAGAAUAGAGACCAAGCAGAGCAAUUAAAGAUGAAGAAUAAACAGCUGAAGGACAUUAUUGACCAAAUGAGAACAGUUAUAUGGGAAAUAAAUACAAUGAUGAUUAUGAGGAAAACUUGAAAAUUUUCUGCAAAUUGUGUAAAUGGUUCAAUUUCAGUACUUGAUAGAUACCACAGCAUUGUCUAUAUCAUUGUAUUUACAUUGUGGUACCUGCUUUCAAAAGAAGGGACAAUCUGGAAGUCAGAUGAGAAUUAAUAAAUACAAUGUACUAUA